UUCAUUUAAAGAGCCUAUGCUCAUUUGUGCUUGUCGCCCGAAAGGGCAGCAGCUGACUUCUCUUUCGUAUUGAAUGAAUUUCAGUGUUUACAAAUUUUAUACUUUUAGUUUAACGUAGAGAGGUAUAUAAAUUUUUGGAAGAUUCGUUAAAUAAAAUUGAAAAUAAUAUUUAAAAUAUGGCUACAAAAGUAGUAGCUACAGCUACCGUAAAAGCAUUGAAAGGCCGUAAAUUUACACCAACCAAAGCAGCUCUAACAUUAACUCCAGCUGCGGUACAACGCAUUAAAGAUUUACUCAAAGGACAAACUGAAUUUACAGGUCUGAAAGUUGGUGUACGACAGCGUGGUUGCAAUGGUUUAUCUUACACCUUGAAUUAUGCCAAAGAGAAAGAUAAACUUGAUGAAGAAGUUAUACAAGACGGUGUAAAAGUCUUUAUCGACAAAAAGGCACAAUUAUCUUUGAUAGGAACCGAAAUGGACUUUGUGGAAACCAAACUCUCCAGCGAAUUUGUAUUCCAUAAUCCCAAUAUAAAGGGUACAUGCGGUUGUGGAGAAUCAUUUAAUAUUUAAUUGCGUAAUACGAACAAUU